GGGAGAGGCCAGAGAGUGGAGAGGUGAGCUCUGGGUUAUGAGCUGGUGCUUAUUAACUUAUUUUUUACAGCUCUGAAGGAUUGUGAACAAGUGUGAGCAGGAAAGAGACUUUCUUCUGUCUAACCAGUUUCUCCAGUUUUUCUCUUAUCUCGCAAGAAAGACAGAGCGGGUGGUAUAGAGUUAAGCUUUUGGAUUUGUAACACACAAAGGGGGAUUGUUGUAGAUUAAUUAUCUUUUGCUGAAGGACAGUCGUUAGCUCAGUUUUGUUUGACUACUCUUUUUGCUGGGUUAGGAGAUUGUGCAGAGACUCCGGCAGGAUCUCACUGGACAUAUUUGCAGAGAAGGAUGAGCAGUUUUCUGUACUUCAUCCUCCCAGCUCUGGGUGGAUACACUCUCACCUCGUUGUACCUGCUGAAGAACCCCCACAUUCUCCACAAGAGGAAACGCUCUGCUUUUUACUGCACACACAUCUCACACAGAGGAGGAUGUGGAGAGAGGAUAGAGAGCACGAUGGAAGCAUUCACAAAUGCGGUGGAGCAAGGCACACAGAUGCUGGAGAUGGACUGUCACUUGACACGCGAUGGAUAUGUGAUAGUGUCACAUGAUGAGAAUCUGCUGAGGCAGACCGGCCAUGAUGUCACCACCUCAUCACUCAAUCUACAGGAUUUGCCUCUGUAUAAAGAGAAACUAGAGGUGACAUUUUAUACAGGUCGCUACACUAACGGUCCAGACAGGAAAUUUGCUCUGCUGGAGGAUGUGUUCAGGAAGUUCCCUAAAUUGCCUGUCAGCGUUGAGAUCAAAGAAAACAACAAACAGCUGAUGGAAAAGGUGUCCAACUUGGUAAGAUGCUACAACAGGGAGGAGAUCACUGUCUGGGCCUCUGUGGACUCCACCAUCAUGAUGGAAUGCCGCAGAACGAACGCCUCCAUGCCAUACAGCUUCUCUGUGAACCGAGGUCUGCUGCUUCUGUUCCUCUUCUACAGCGGCCUGCUGCCCUUUGUGCCCCUGGGAGAGAGUUUACUGCAGUUCUACCUGCCGCGCAUCUUCAACAGGACAUACAUUCCUGAGGAGGGCAUCCUGAGGAACAAGCUGGUCAUCUAUUUGUUAGAAAAAGUAACAAUGAGGAAGAGUCUAUUUAAACACCUCGCAGCCCGUGGAAUUCAGGUGCAUUUGUUUGUGUGCAAUGAAGAUGAAGACAUAAAGGCUGCAUUUGAAGUUGGGGCCACAGGGGUAAUGAGUGACUACCCGGCACUUCUGUCAAGCUACCUCUGCAGAAACGGAAGUCAGGAUUGACCCCAAACACAUCCUCACAAUUUGUAACUGGCAGCUUUCUUAUGGAUGAGGACUGUGUAAAGAAAAGACUGUGAGGAAAAAGUGUGAAGAAGAAGUGUGAAAACCGUUUUUGUGACAAGAUUGGAUGACGAGUUGUUGGUGCAGUUAGAAUAAAAUUAUUAUUAAUUUGUUUAAUCUGAAUCACUGAUGAUAGAGUAAUCUGCAAUCAUGUCAUUUCUACUGCCUCUGCCCCACAUUCUGCCAGACACAGCCCAGAGUUUAAAGGUCCCAUGACACGGUGCUCUUUGGAUGCUUUUGUAUAGACUUUAGUUGUUCCCUAAUACUGGAUCUGAACUCUCUUUGCCAAAAUUCAGCCUUGGUGCAGAAUUACAGCCUCUAAAGCCAAUCCCACAAUGAGCUUUCCUUAGUAUGUUCCAUUUCUGAGUCUGUAGCUUUUGAGGA